GUCUUCAAGACACUUGCCUGCCUGAGGUUGCCACUUUGUUGCGCAUGUGCAGAGGUUACUUGAGAGCACAUCUGGAAGCGGCUUCAAAGUCUGAGAUUCUGUUCCCAGGUCCUGAUCAGCUCUUCCCAGUCUCAGAGAAGCCAUGGGAGCCUGCCACAUCCAGUACGCCCUGCUCCUCUCUCUGCUGGGCUUCCUCGUCCCCUGCUCAGAUAUGCUGACCUGUAACAAGGGAAUCAUGGUGAAAUUUGGCAUUGGCUUCACUAAGACAGCAGUUGAGUGGAAAUCGUUUGAGAACAACAUAGGUGCACCUAAGGAGAUAUGUCAGGAGACACUCCUGCUCAUAGAUGUAGGUAAUAAAUCUCUCAUAUUGGGGAGCAAAGGCUGUAGCAAACCUGGGGAAAAGAAGAUCAAAAAUGUCCAGGUGUUUUCUGCUGGACCUGGAAUAGUGGCUGCCUCUUAUGCCCACUUCUGCGACACUGAACUGUGCAACAACGCUACCAGCACCAGAGUCCUCCUUGACUCCCUGUCACUUGCAGCCUCCUCUGAUCCGGGAACCCUCCAGUGUCCUGUCUGCUUGCAGUUUCAGGGUUUUUGCACCCACAAUUCCAACUUUGUCUUCUGUCCUAAGGGCACUGAUUGUUACACUAGUCAAUUGACACUCCGGGGAGGUGAGCUCAAUACCACUUUAAGCGUUGACGGAUGCCUGGUCUCACCUGUCAAAUACUUACUGAAAAAGCAAACUUCAGUUGGGAUCUUCUCUGCUAUGGAAUUCCUCGAGUCAGAGACAGGGGAUCCACUCUCACAUGUACUUGUCCCUGGCACCCUCCUGGCCUGGAUGUUAGGGCUCUGGGCUCUCCUCAGCCUUUUGUGUGCAGGGAUUUGUCCUCUCAGCUGAACCCGUUCCUGGCCAGCCAUACUCAGCCCUCCUCUGACUUCGUAACCCAAAGGCUGGGCACUGUCUGUCGGCCUGCACUGUCGGGUGCCCUCAUCCCUCACCCACACAUCCCUGCCUCCUCCUGUUUAGAUAUGGGAGCCGCUGAACUCACCCUGCUCCAGAGCAGACAACCACACAUGGACCACACAUGUGGAAAAAUAAAGUUGCUGUUGUUUCUCCAAA